CCGCUGUCGAUCUGGGGGCCAGGCCCACAUGACCGGAAGUGGCCCUUGCAACUUCCUCCCAGCGCUGGGCACUGAGGCCUGGUCGGGCAGCCGCUGCCUCGGCUGAACACGAGGAGGGGGUCCCACGUCCCGUCAGGGGUCAAGGUGUCCUCGCUGCCUGCCAGCCGGGCCCAGCGUCGUCAUGCCGCACCGCCAGAAGAAAAAGCUGCGCGCCCGCCAGAAACGCCACGAGGGCCAGGGUGAGGGCCAGGGUGUGGGGGGUGCUCAGGCCGCCGCCGCCGCCGCAGCAGCAGCGGCAGCGGCGGCGGCGGCGGCGGAGCCCCUUGGGGAGGCUUCCCCGGGGUCCCCCCGGGCGGGUGCAGCCCAGCAGCCUCAGGGUGCCGCGGCCCCCGGGUCCCCCGGGUCCCCCGGGUCCCCCGGGUCCCCCGGCGCAGGCGCCGCAAGCCCGCCACGUGAGCAGGGCGCCGAGGGCCCGGCCGCGCCCCCUGCCCCGGGCGCCCGCAAAGACCCCCUCAGCCGCAAGGCCGACAUGCUGGUGCGGUUCCUGCUGGAGAAGCACGCCAGCAAGGAGCCCAUCACGCGGGCCGCGCUGCUGAAGAUCGUCAGCAGGAAGUACGAGGCGCACCGGGCCGAGAUCCUCAGGCGCACCUCGGAGCGCCUGCAGCUGCUCUUCGGCCUCGAGCUCCGGGAGGGCGACGCCGGCGGCCGGGCCUACGCGCUGGUCAGCAAGCCGGGCCUGGAGGGCGACGGCGGCGACGAGGGGCCGCCCAAGAGCGGCCUGGUCAUGGCGCUGCUGGGCGUGAUCUUCAUGAAGGGCAACCGCGCCAGCGAGGAGGAGGUGUGGGAGUUCCUCAACGUGCUGGGCGUGUACGCGGGCCGCAGGCACCCGAUCUUCGGGGAGCCCAGGAAGUUCAUCACCCAAGACCUGGUGCGCCAGAAGUACCUGGAGUACCGCCACGUGCCGGGCAGCAAACCUCAGCGCUACGAGUUCCUGUGGGGCCCGAGGGCUCGCGCCCACACCAGCAAGAUGGAGGUGCUGCAGGUGCUGGCCAAGAUCAACGACACGGUGCCCAGCUGCUUCCCCCAGCUGUACCAGGAGGCCCUGCUGGAAGAGGCGGCGCGCGAGAGCUCCACAGGCGCAGCCACGGUGGCCUCCGCUGGCGAGGCUGCGGGCCCUUCGGGAGCCGGGGAGCCGUCCCGGGCCCGGGGGGGCCGCGGCCGCCGAAUCUAGCGAGGCGGGUGGGGCGGCUGCUCCUCCUGCUCGGGGCGGAAGGGGGCCCUUGACCUUCCAGGUAGUGCAGAGUCCGGGGGCUGGAGGGAAGUAAGUAGUAGUUCUUCAUAUUUGUUCUAAACUCUUAACUAAUAUCAACACACGUAUCAUUCGUAUUUAUUUAGGUGUUUACAAGUUUUUUCCUAGUAUCCCUUAUUUAUCGCUAGAAUAUAAACUUAAGAAUGGCAUGGCUCUCACCUCCAUGGCUGUUCCUCAAGGGAGAGUUACAGUGUUGUUGUGUGCAAAACAAAGCCACAGACCAUCGAUAUUGCAUUUAUGGUCCAGAAGUAGGUAACAUGGCAUGCAGUAGGGAUUUUCAUGGCCGUGUGAGAAGAGGAAAAUGGAAAAGAGUGGGGAAUAGCCAACUUAGAAAUACUAGUUAAAUAAAAGGAAAAGGUGUUUAA